AGAGAGACAGAGGGAGAGACGGGGAAGGAGAGAGAGGGAAAGCGGGAGAGAGAGAGAGGGAGAGGGAUAGAGAGGGGGAGAGAGAGAGGGAUAGAGAGGGAGAGGGGGACAGAGAAGCACAGGACAGGGAAACCCAGCGACACAGCGCUUGGCACUUCAGAGCAGACGCUGCAGUUCUAAGGAGACGCAGCGUGACUUUGAUGCGUCGCUAAUUACGCUCGUGGCGCGCGGUGGAUGUCUGGGAGCCUCAGCCGAAAGUUCAUCAUUCGAGGAAGACGAACGUUUUAGGAACGAAAGGCUGUCCAGCAGCCCUUAUCGGUGUAUCUCUUAAUCGGAGUGUGGAAUGCGUGUAGGAAUGGGCCCUGUGGCCCUGCUGCUGGCGCUGUUCUGCACGACCGGCUGGGGAGCGGGUCAGACUAACACCACCAGCAGCGACCUGGCCAUAGAACCCCCCACCCAGCGGGUGCGUGUUCCCCACACCCAGCCCCCAGCCCUCAAACUCCUCUCCACCCUGCCCCCGGCCCACGAUUCCCCCUCCACCCUGCCCCCGGCCCUCGAACCCCCCUCCACCCUGCCCCCGGCCCUCGAACCCCCCUCCACCCUGCCCCCGGCCCUCGAAUCCCCCUCCACCCAGCCCCCAGCAGCUGACCGCCCCUCCGUCGGUCCCCCUCCACCCUCGGGGUCCAAUGGCUCAGUGAGGGUGGGGCCAGUCCCUCCUCCGCUCUGCACGCAGGACACGUCCAUCAAGUGGAUUUUCAAAUACAUCAACACCGUCAUCUCUUGCAUCAUCUUCGCGGUGGGCAUGGUGGGGAAUGCCACUCUGCUGAGGAUCAUCUACCAGAACAAGUGCAUGAGGAACGGCCCCAACGCCCUCAUCGCCAGCCUGGCCCUGGGGGACCUGAUCUACAUCACCAUCGACAUCCCUAUCAACAUGUACAAGCUCCUGGCUGGAAGGUGGCUCUUGGAAGACCAUCCUUUCGGACUCUUCCUGUGUAAACUGGUCCCCUUCCUGCAGAAGGCUUCUGUGGGCAUCACAGUCCUUAAUCUGUGUGCGCUCAGCGUAGACAGGUACAGGGCGGUGGCCUCAUGGAGCCGGGUCCAGGGCGUCGGCAUCCCGCUGCUCACGGCUGUGGAGAUCAUCUCCAUUUGGGUCCUGUCCAUCUUACUGGCUGUGCCAGAAGCCAUUGGGUUCAGCAUCGUCACCUUCGACUACAAAAACGUCACAAUGAAAACCUGCAUGCUCUACCCACAGACCCCAUUCAUGAUGUUCUACAUGAAUGCCAAAGACUGGUGGCUUUUUGGCUUCUACUUCUGCGUUCCUCUGGCCUGCACAGCCAUAUUUUACACCCUCAUGACCAGCGAGAUGCUCCACCGCAGGAAUGGGAGUCUGAGGAUUGCUCUGAGCGAGCACCUCAAGCAGAGGCGAGAGGUGGCCAAGGCGGUGUUCUGCUUAGUGCUGAUAUUUGCACUGUGCUGGUUUCCUUUGCAUCUCAGCAGGAUAUUAAAGAAAUUAAUGUACAUUCCCAGUGACACCGGGCGCUGUGACCUGCUCAACUUCUUGUUGGUGCUUGACUACCUCGGCAUAAAUCUGGCCACUGUCAACUCCUGUAUAAACCCCAUCAUCCUCUAUUUUGUCAGCAAGAAAUUCAAGAACUGUUUCAAGUCAUGUCUGUGCUGUUGGUGUCACUCAGGGAUGUUGGUAAACAGCAUGGUGCCCCUGAAUGGGACGAGCGCUCAGUAUAAAACACAGGAGGCCCACAAUCACAACCAGGACCGCAGCCUGCGGAAGGACAGCAACACCUAAGCCCCUCCCCAGGACACCCCCCCCCCCACUGACAGGAGUCAUCAAAGCUUCAUCAGGGCCAUCUGCACCCUAAAGGACAGAAACAGACCUGAUCUGGUGACACAUGCUAGAAUCUCAGGUUUCAAAAUCAGCUUUCACUUCUGCAGGAAGACUGAAGUGAUGCUGAGUGUGACGCAGCAAGAAAUAAAUUUUACAAGAACACGACGGCAAGCCCAUACAAUGAGACCAAAGUGUCCUUAACCACGUUUCAUAGCUCUCCCAAAACCCUGAACAAAGUCAACACAGGAAGGGCCAAGAAUGCUUGCACAGGACGAAAGGGCACGGUAACAGGUCACAGGUGAAAGCAAGCUAUAAACAGCUCUGCUCAGCUAGCACCAUGUCAGUCCAUUCAUCCUUUAUCUAUACCCCUGGGCAGGGUCGCGAGGGGUGCUGGAGCCUAUCCCAGCGUGCAUUGGGCGAGAGGCAGGAAUUCACCCUGGACAGGCCACCAAACUAUCACACACCAUUCACUCACCAUUCGCUCACACUCAUACCUAUGGGGAAUUUAGAGUCUCCAAUCCAAUUGGCCUACCUGCAUGUCUUUGGACUGUGGGAGGAAACCAGAGUACCUGGAGGAAACCCACGUGGACCCGGGGGAUUUGAACCCAGGACGCCACUCUGAGGCGACAGUGCUACCCAUAUUUUUUUUAAAUUCAUAUUAAGUGUGCUGGUGUCAGCAACACCGCUGACAGCUGCAGGGAGCAGCUGCAGGGGGGAGACCGUGUCGGGCCCACCCUGGUGUUCGUUGGAGGACGUUACACUGCGCUUGGUUGUGGUGACUCACCCUGGUGUUCAUUGGAGGACGUUACACUGCGCUUGGUUGUGGUGACCCACCCUGGUGUUCGUUGGAGGACGUUACACUGUGCUUGGUUGUGGUGACCCACCCUGGUGUUCGCUGGAGGACGUCACACUAUGCUUUGGAGGUUUGAUCUGCACAGGGUACAAUCAAGAGCCUUUUCAUAUUUUCGGGAAAGCGCUGAUGAUGUUCAUACACAUUUUCUUCAGAAACGUGAAUUACGCUCAUUCAACAGUAACACUUACUGGAGCUGCCUGCUCCUGGGCUCUAAGCCAAGCCACCUGCCCAGAUGAAUGAGGACUGAAGGGUCUGGGCCCAGGCCAGCACUUUUACCACAUUAGCCUAUUACUGACUAAAUAUUAAAGUAUUACAUGCAGUAUUUAUGAGAUGAUUAUUCGAGAUAAUCCACUUGAAAUAUAGAUACGCUUUUCCCAAUAUGUAUUAUAAAUGGUGUUGCUUAUGGGAGAAAAAUAUGGAAUUGGCUGAAUUGAAACUGAAACGAAAAGGUGUGUUUUACCUUGAUUGUCCUUGAGAAUGUUAAUAUUUGGGUUUCACAUUAUUAUUUAUAUUAAAUUGUCUGUAUAAAGAAUCCAGAAUCACAGGCUAUAUAUAUUGUAUACUAUUGGUCAUUCCAAAUUCUUUCCAAAAAACAUUUUUAAAAAUGCAAAUGUUAAAGCUAAUUGUAUGUUUACUCCACAAGAAAAAGUCAGCAUAUUAUCAGAUGAUUUCGACAGAAGUAAUUUAAGUUUUUGUAUUUUUUAUUUUUUGUACUAAUUAUUCUUAGAAGCGUUUUUGUCCUUCAUCCAGUGCCUGAGAUAGGACUGAAUAUGUGUUGAUUUAUGUUUAAUUACAGUGAGUACUAUAAUUAGUGCAUGAAAAGGAGUAUUAUUGAUUACUUGUUUCUAUUCAGGAAAUACAGUGAACUUAACUAUGUAUUUGUUAUAAUUUCUGUUAUUGUGUGUGUAUCUGUGUAUGAGUGUGUGCGUGUGUUUGUGUGAGCAUGAAAGAAUUCUAAAAUAAAUAAACUUCCUUGUACUUCAA